AGCUCAGACUUCAAUAAGCAGUUGAAGAGAGUUCCUCCAUUAAUCUCUUUUUAAGUCCUAUCUAUUACUUACUUGGUUGAAGUCAUGGCCACAGAUGAGAGAGCAGGAGCUGAAAUUACCCGAGGAAGGGAAGCCUGUGAUCGAUUUUCAGCUGAGCUGAUGAAAGAGCUUGGAUUCCCAAGUGGUGUCCUUCCCAUGGGAGAGCUUGAAGAAUGCGGGAGGGUCAGAUCCACUGGCUUUGUGUGGUGGAAAUGCAAAGCUGCUUAUGAGCACUUUAAUGUGGCAACCAAUACCAAGAACAGCUAUGCUGCUGAGACCACUGCGUAUGUUGAGAAGGGGAGGAUGAAGAAGAUGACAGGAUGCAAGGCUAGGCAGAUGAUGCUGUGGGUUCCUAUAGUGGAGAUGUACCUAGAUGGUAACAAGAUCUCCUUCAAGUCAUCCAUGGGGGUGGGCAAGUCCUUCCCCAUCAUCUCUUUUAUGAAUGAAGAAGAAAAGAAGGCUUAUCUCCAACAAAAUGGUGCAGCAAAGUAGUAAACCAGACUCUACUUUCCUUCAGUAGUGACAUAGUAAGGAUUAGUAGUCCCUGAAGGUCCUUAAUUAUCAUUCCGAUCCCCUCUUUAUCAGCUAUAUGUAUUGAGUUCCUUAUAUAUUUAUGUCACUUUGUAUCCCUAAAUCAUGAUCACUUCAUGACCCAAUAAUACCUUGAUGAACUGUAAGAUUUAAAGCCAGAGGCACAAGCUUAUCAUUGGAUUUCACUAA